AUGUCCCACAGUGUAUGCCGAAAUCUGUUUUCAACACCUGUCUCGAGUAACAACAUGUUGGAGGACGAUUCAUCUCCGUUGCCUCAAUUAUCACCUCGCACCGAGGCAAUUAUUUAUUCGGUGGAUAUUUACACUCCACCUAAAAGAUAUGAAUCUAUUGAUGAAAGUAGUCAGAAAAGUGUUGUUACUGAAGUAUUCCGUUCAGAUAGCACCAGUACUGACGAAAGUAUUGAGAAAAUAGGUACUUGUGCAAUUCCAGAAUUCGAGUUAGAUUUGGUUAUUCCAGAAACACCUUUAAAAUCACCCCAUUCUGAAGAACUUUUACCAAUGCCUGAAUUGGGAACUCCUUCAGGGGAUCUAUACGACUCCGAUGGAGACAUAAUUAGUGCAUCCGAAAACGAAGACGGAGGUCUCAUUAAAAAUAGUGCAGAUCCUUCUAAUGAUGUUCGGUCCAGGCAGGUAGACCGAAGGAGAAGGGGUGCAGCAGACUCCACCCUCUCACCCACCACCACCACUUGUAAAUAUGUACAUUUAAAUAGUAGUAGAUUCGAAUAAACCGUCAAGUGAAAAGGUCGUGUCUCAUUGAAACUAUAUUUAUAGUUUCAACAACAUCAUUUUGGUCA